AUGGCAUUACGCAUAGCUUCAAUGACAUUGACAAUCCUCCUCAUUGGCACACAAGCAAACGCUCUACCGCAUGACACAGACUAUAUCAUCACCAAACGCCAAUUCUCAGGAUCUCGCCCAUCGACAAACUUCGGAUCUUGUGUCAAGAGCGACGGUCAUAUCGCAGACCGAACAACUGCCAAGGCGUGUGGUGUCUAUGGUGGUCAGUAUGAGCAUGGCGUAGCCGACUUCAACGGCAACAAAUUCAACGUAUGCACGAAUCCACAAAUUUCUUGGGACAGCUUGCAUGGUUUCCAAGAGGCUUGCCAAAAUUUUGGUGACGGAUACACUGCGCAAGUUUGUCGAGCGACUACAAGUAUGUCCAGUGGCUUCGAAUGCGUAAAUUACAACUGUUUGAAAUCGGGCACUUGCGGUGGUUGA